AUGGUGUACUUCCGAAGCAACAAUUUUGGGAUAGCCGACUCCUCGAGGGAAAGCUUCAAGAUGAUCUAUGAGCAGGAGGCACCUGUCUCUAAUCUAUGCUGCUGCAAAGACGGGAUAGUUGUGGGGUGUGGGAACCGUGCGCUGGUUGUCAAGAAGGAUGAGAGCAAGAGAAAGAAGAUAGCGAAGUUCGAUAGAGAUGUCAGUGCUAUGGAUGUGUGUGAGGAGUUAGUGGCAUGUGGAGACGAAGGAGGAGGCAUCAAGGUGAUUGGGAGGAUGAGAAGCAUUGUUAGACAGUACUACGAGCACGAGGCCAGAGUUAAUGAGAUAAAAAUCAGUGGAGAGAUGGUUAUGAGCUGUAGCGAUGACAUGAAGGUGAAAGUGUUUGAGCUUUCGAAGCCCAAGUCUGUUGUCACCAUAGCCGAGAACACGGACUACGUCAAAAGCAUUGAUGUCGGAGAUGGAGUAAUGUUUUCUGGGUCGUAUGAUGGGUUUAUCAACGGAUACAGCCUUUCAACAUUUGAGAAAGUGUUUAAGUAUGAUACCAAGCGCCGUGUAUCGAAGGUCUGUGCUUUAGGAGGGGGGCGAUUGGCCUUUGCAUCUGGGAGCGAGGUGUGUGUGAUUGACGUUGAGAACGGGGGAAAGGAGACGGGAAGGUUCUUCCACAUAAAGGAGGUGACGUCCAUGAUGUUCUAUGAAGGGAGGCUAUAUACGGUGUCUCUGGAUGCAAGCAUAAGGGUGUUUACAGUGGAUCUUAGGAUGAUAUCGAAGAUUGGAAUUCGAGGAGGGAUUCUGAGUAUCGGGAUCUUUGACGAUGUGGUGUGCCUUGGAUUGGAGGAUGGAGGGGUGCUUGAGCUGGUCAAGGAAAAGGCGAAGAGGGAUAUGGUGGAGCUUAGAUGCAGAGAAGGAGAGCUGGACGAUGAGGUGAAGAUCAAGGUGGUUCCGAACCGGCUUGAGAAAUUCAAUUUCUUGGAGAAGAGGCUGAAUGCGUUUGAAUACAAGAAGUCGAUGAUCCACGCUGUGAAGAGGAGAGAUAUCCAGGAAUUGUUUGCAGUGAUGAGCUAUAUCCAUGAGAGAGGGGAGUUUGAGCAUGCACUCCAGGAUCUAAGCAGAAGAGAGGUUGAGGAUGUUCUUGAUGUGAUAAUUGAGUUCUUUAUGGUGAAGGAGCUUGUGCCUAUUUUUACUGAGUGCAUUGAGACGAUUCUUUUUCUGUAUGAGAGGGACAUAAAAGACGACGACACGCUUGGCAGAAAAAUAGAGGUGCUUGGGUCUGUCAUUGAUGAUGAAAUGUAUUUUCAAGAGGAGAAUCUCCGCUCGAUUGCAUUUCUCGAAUGUUUCCAAGGCUAG